AUGGCCUUGCGGUAUGAAAAUUUGGCGAGGGUGGCCCGCUCGGCCCGCCUGACGUACCUGCUAAUUGCCGUGGUGGUGGUGCUAUAUGUGCGCUCUCGCAACAGCGAUCCCGAUCACCAAUUGGACGAGCAAUCGCAGGCUUUGGAGACCCUCAUGCAGAAGGAGCGAGAGCGAGUCCUGAGGGAACGGGCCCUGGAAGUGGCCGACGAACACGUCCUGGAGACCAAGUGGUUCAAAGGCAACAAGCUCGACACCCGGUGUCCCGACUACGUCGAGUACUCCCAGCACAGACACGGUCCCUACUCGGAAGGACCCUUAAAACUGGCAUAUAUGCGUCCGGCCAAAGAUUGCCGCACCUUCACCAGCAGCGCCGUCGAGAGCGUCAUCGAGGACAUGCGGCUACGCAUGGCCGAUCCCGACCUGUUCCGCUUGUUUGAGAACGCUUUUCCCAACACUCUGGACACCACUGUUCUGUGGCACGAUCCAGAAAACGCAGAAACUAACAGCCCCCGCACUUUUAUUUCCACGGGCGAUAUCCACGCAGAGUGGCUGCGCGACUCGGCCCGCCAACUCAGCGUGUACCAGCCGCUCGUCAAGAAAGACCCCAAGCUGCAGCAAUUGAUCAAGGGAGCCAUCAUUCAGCAGGCCCUGUACAUCAAGAAGGCACCCUACUGCAACGCGUACCAGCCGCCAGAAGGCUCGGGGGUGGACCGCAGGCCGUCGAGUGUUGACUACGUUGGGCCGCGGCCGCCCUGGAAACACGUAUUCGAGUGCAAAUGGGAGCUGGACUCGCUUGCCUCGUUUCUCACACUGACUAACGAGUAUUACAAAAACUCGCACGAUAAGUCGAUCUUCCGCCACCAGAGCUGGAAAGACGCGUUUGACCUGAUUCUCACCGUGCUGCACCGCGAAUCGAUCCCCACAUUCGACGAGAACGGCGACCUGCUGCCGUUCUACUACACUUUCCAGCGCGAGACGAGAAUCGGCACGGAAACACUGAGUCUCGCCGGUUCAGGCAACCCCGUGUGCGGCAACACCGGGCUGAUACGCUCGGCGUUCAGGCCGUCGGACGACGCGUGCAUUUAUCAGCUGUUCAUCCCGGCCAAUGCGCAGUUGCAGGUCGAGCUGGCUAGGUUGGAGCCCGUUCUGCGCGAGAACGGUCUCGCAGACUUUGCAGACUCCGCGCGGGAGUAUGCUACGGCCAUUAGCAAGGGCAUUGAGGAGUUUGGCGUCGUGAACCAUAAAAAGUACGGCACCGUGUAUGCGUACGAGGUGGACGGCUUUGGCGGGGUGAACAUCAUGGACGACGCAAACGUUCCCUCGCUUCUGUCCCUGCCAGACAUGGGCUAUCUGGACAGAAAUGACGAAAUCUACCAGAACACUAGAAAGAUGAUCUUGUCCAAAGACGGCAACCCGUACUAUUUCCGAGGAAAGUACUUUAAGGGCAUUGGCGGCCCGCAUGUGGGGCUCUCGAAUGCCUGGCCGAUGGCGUUGCUGCUCCAGAUCCGCACAACAGACGACGAUAACGAGAUCGUCGAGCUUCUGGAGCUCGUGAAGACCACCACGGCGGGUCUGGGCCUGAUGCACGAGAGCAUACAUGUGAACGCCCCAAACCACCAGUACACAAGGCCGUGGUUUAGCUGGUGCAACAGCGAGUUUGGAAAGACGAUCCUCGACCUGGCAAAAAGAAAGCCGUACCUUAUUUUCAAGCACGAGUAUUCCGAGCCCUACAUAGUGUAA